ACUCCCAAGACCACACCUUCGUUUCGCUUAAGAAAAAAAAUCUGGAGGAGGUCAACACGUUAAACUAGUAAUGAGUAAGGGUGUGUCUUGCGCGAGUGAACAGCAUUCUACAGUCUCCGCAGCACAGCCCAGCUGGAGUUUCUCACUGAUACUGAAGGCUACCGUAUUUCUUGGGAUUUAUGUUGUCGCUCUCAGUUUUCCCUCUCCAAAGUAUAAGAAUCACACGCUUAUUCUGCACACUUUAAGCUGGGACGCUCACAAGAGAACAAGGAGUAACCACCCAAGAACAAUUUUAUUUAUGUUCUGUUUAUUUAGUUUUUACUGGACCCCGCAUUUGCAUUUAUUUUAUCCACGCGUCAAUUGGGAAAAAAGCAAAAGGAUUAUCGGUUUCGGUGCUGGGUUUUGAAGUUUGUCGUGUCGCCAUGGGGGAUGUGAUUUCGACUCACCUGGAUGAAGGCAAGCGGGAGAUGAUUACAGCUCGGACGGGCGAGGUGAUGGGCGACUUCGGCCGUCUGUACGAGCAGCAGUACGCCCUGGCCCUCGUCAACAGCCUGCGCUUCGAGUUCGAGGGGAACGAGGGACCCCAGCCACAGCUGCUGCACCGAAAAGUGCCCCUGAAGGACAAAUCCAUCUUCUCGGGGGCCCUCUUCCAAUACCUGGAGGAGAACAAGAAAUGGCGUAACCGAUUCUUCUUUGUGCCAGACACCUACAAGAUCCAGUACUUCGAAAACAAGAUGGCCUAUGAGAGGGGUCUGCAGCCUAAAGCAACAAUCAACUGCGCCGGGUACAGAGUGCUCACCUCCAUGGACCAGUACGUGGAGCUGCUCAGCAACAGCCUGCCAGGUGUGAAUGCCAAGGCCAGCAGCUCUCCCUUCCUGAAGUGUGCGACGAAGUUCCCCCUGAUCCUCUGGCACCCGUACGCGCGCCACUUCUACUUCUGCGUCACUUCGGAGAAGGAGCAGGAGAAAUGGCACGCCGUCUUCCAGGACUGCGUCAGACACACCAACGACGGCCUGUCUGAGGAGUGCAAGGUGCAGACACCAGCUUUCACAGAUGCGGUGAGGCUCUACCGACAGGGGCACGGGCAGUACGGCACCUGGGACAUGAUGUGUGGCGUGCCCCCACAGAUCCUGGCCAACCUGGUGAUGGAGACCCUGCUCCCCGAGCUGAGGGACCUGAUCGCCCCGCGGCUGAAGGGGAAGAUGCAGGACAGGCAGAGGAACUGGAUGCUGAUCUCGGAUGCGGUGUACGGGCUGGUUCUGGGGCAGACACAGGCUCAGUACGAGGCCAUCGUGCAACGGUGCGAGGCAGGGCGCCCCCCUCUGGAGACCUCCAUACGGACAGACAUGGACCAGAUCAUCACCUCCAAAGAGCACGUCACCAACAAGAUGCGUGCGGUGGUCCUGCCCAAAGCGGAGGAGCUCCUGAAGAGCAGCAUCAGGCCCUACAUCAGCUCCAUCCUGGACGACCUGAUGGAGCCCACCAGCCGUGGCUUCUCCGAGGUCCGCGACGUCUUCUUCCGCGAGCUGGUGGAAAUGAGCAAGAACACCAUCAACGAAGGCAGCAAGGAGAAGCUGGGAGAGCACAUGGAGAAGAUCUCCAUGCUGGCGUUCCACCCGGUGAAGAUGCAGACCUGCUAUGAGAAGGUGGAGCAGCUGCAGCUGGAGGGGCUGCAGCAGCGCUUCGAUGUGUCCAGCCCGUCCGUCUUCGUCCAGAGAGCGCAGAUCCUCAUGAGAGAGCAAAUGGACAACGCGGUGUACACCUUUGAGAAGAUCCUACACCAGAGCCUGGAGGACCAGGGGAGCAAGGAGAUGUGCAAGAUCAUUCAGCACUGCCAGGACAGAGUCAUCAAGAAAUAUGACUACGACAGCAGUACGGUGCGCAAGAAGUUCUUCAGAGAAGCCCUGCUCCAGAUUGUCAUCCCGUACAUGCUGAAACAGCUGACUCCAUCCUGUGCAGGGGACCUGCCUCCCUUCCAGGAGCUGAUCUUCGAGGACUUAUCCCGCUACAUCCUGGUGGAGAACGUGUUUGAGGAGGUGGUACUGCAGUCUGUCAUGAAGGACAUCAUGAUGGCUGUGAAAGAGGCUGCCGUCCAGAGGAGACACAACCUGUACCGGGACAGCAUCGUCCUGACCAACAGCGACCCCAACCUGCACCUGCUGGGGGAGAAAUCCCCCAUCGACUGGGCCGGCGAGUACGGGGGUGAGGGGAAAGAGGCGGAGGAGAAGGAGGGGGGGGAGGGUGGUGAUGUAAACGCGGAAGUGGGCGUGACCCAGAAGAGGCGCAGGGUGAAACAGGUGGUGUCCAUGAUCCAGCUGGACGGGGCGCCCCUGCUGCCCCACGAGUCCUGCCUGGAGGUGCCGGGGGUGGACGGCAUUCCGGAGGAGUCUGAGGUCGACGCGAAGUCCUCCGCACCCGAAACGGGACCCCCCGCCCUCGCUAACGGGACGGCCAUGACGAAGAGCGCUGAAGAUAAGGCUGCCCUUCCAAAUAAUGAGGUCCCCGCUGAGAAUGCCCCACAGGAAGCUGAGCAUUCUGCUGAGAGUGCGAAACAGGAAACCGAAAGCAAGCCCCCUGCAGAGAGUGUGGAACAGGAAACCAAGUCACCUACAGAGAGUUCAGAACAGGAAGUUGAAAGCAAACCCCCUACAGAGAGUGCAGAACAGGAAGCUGAAAGCAAACCCCCUACAGAAGAGAGUGCAGAACAGGAAGUUGAAAGCAAACCCCCUACAGAGAGUGCAAAACAGGAAGUUGAAAGCAAACCCCCCACAGAGAGUGCAGAACAGGAAGUUGAAGGCAAACCCACCACAGAGAGUGCAGAACAGGAAGUUGAAAGCAAACCCCCUACAGAAGAGAGUGCAGAACAGGAAGGUGAAAGCAAACCCCCCACAGAGAGUGCAGAACAGGAAGUUGAAAGCAAACCCCCCACAGAAAGUGCAGAACAGGAAGCGGAAAGCAAGCCCCCCACAGAGAGUGCAGAACAGGAAGCGGAAAGCAAGCCCCCCACAGAGAGUGCAGAACAGGAAGCUAAAAGCAAGCAGCCUACUGAGAAUUCCCCGAAGAACACUGACAGUUCAUCGGCCAUAGAGAGCGCGAUACAGGAGAUAGACAACGCUGUGCAGGGAGAGGAGAGCGGGCAGCCCUCGGAAAGCACAGAGAAGGAUGUGGCCAAAACCGUGGCCCCAAAACAGGAAGAGGAAGUACCGCCAACAGGACCGGCAGAGAGUUCCUCCGAACAGCCCCCGGAGCCAGCCCAGCAGGAUACCAAUUCCGUCCCCCACCAGCACGACGACAGCGGCUUCCAGUCCCCCACAAGCGAGGCUGCAGAAGAGGAAGACAGUCAGCCAAUCACAGGAGAUGCCCUCACUGACUCAGGGAAGGGGGGAGUGGCUGUGGAGCCACCACAGAGUAAUUCGCAGACGCAAGCGGAGGCUUCUUGAAAGGAUGCGUCAGUAUCUAUUGGGGUCUGAGUCAUCCUUUACAAAGCCCUUGAGAGGAUAUAAAAGAAAGUGUUUCUGUUAUUUAAAUGGUGAAAGUUGAAAAGGUUUUUUUUUUUUUUUUGUAUCUGUGAUUUUUAUAUAUAAACAAGAGGUGGAAUUGGCAGGAUACAGGAGUCCCUGUCAGUUUUAAGUCUUACUUUCGGUGUAAUAUCUUUCUUUUUGUAUUCCUAUUUGAAAGCUCAUCAAAUUGCUUACCAAGUUUUGGAGAAUUUUGGAUGGAUUUCUCCCCCCCCCCCCUAGUUUAUUCCGUUUCUUUCACCUCAGGGGAAACAUAAAUGGAAACCUGGGCUGGGAUCGGCCACAGUUGUAAUUAAUUUACAAUAAUUACCAAAUUCACUUCAAUAGAAUAGGUGAAUUUAAAUUCAAUUUAAAUGUCCGACCAGGAUCAACACUAUUUAUGAAUUUGAUCCUCAAUCGUAGAAUUCAAUGAAUUCCUGUGCACCAUUCAUCGUCACUGUGUCCAUAGCCAUUUUCAGUAUGAAUAAGGUAACUCAGUGGCAGAUACUGCUGGACUUCGGUCUGCUUUGGUCAAAACCAAGUUUUGCAAUUCAGUAGGACUUCAUAAAACGUAGGCGAACAGCAGGUUACCACAGUAGAAGUGAAACACUAGACAAAGAUCUUGUUUUCUGUCAGAUGGCCUAUUGGGAGUGAUUUCAACCAUCCUUAUCCUAUUCAGUGGCCAAAGGUGCAUUUAUAAAAUAGGAAGAGCACACACUAAUGACACUUUUCUUGGAUAUGAACUGAAAAGCAGCAAGGUAUAUAUUUAAAAGGUGUGACGUCAUUGUUAGCAUCUGUCUUUAUUUCCAGUCCAAACUAAUGCUUUUGUCAAUGUGGGGUCUUGGGUCUUGAAGACUGCAAAGGAAGCAUGUUUUUCCCAUAAUCCUGUUCAAUCCCACCCUUGACUGAGGGCAUAGUUUUUUCCCCCCCAAGUAAAGUAUUCUGUUUAAAAGCGAGCGUUCUAUGUUCUGCUGAGGGGGUUGCCAGGUUGCUUCUGUAUGCUU